AUGGGUUAUGUAAAUGAUGGCAUGUAUAGAGUAAUUGAUGGAAUAAAAAAAAAAAUCAAUGACAAGAAGAGACUAUGGGAGCCUUAUGUUAAUAUUAUCAAGGAUCGUUGGGAUAAUAAAUUCUAUAGAGAUAUUCAUGCUACUGCUUAUUGGUUGAAUCCUGCAUUCCAAUAUGACACAUCCACUCUUAAUAAGAGGCUAGAGACACAAUUUGCUGUGACAGAUGUUAUUGAAUCAAAAGUUUCAGUUGGUCGGUUGAAGUUGGUGGAGGAAUUAAGGCUAUUUCGAGAGCAUGAGUGGUGGAAGUUGUUUGGAUCUUGUGCUCCAACCUUACAAAAGUUUGCAAUUCGGACCCUUAGCCAAACAGCUGCCUCUUCGGGAUGUGAGCGGAAUUGGAGUGUUUUUGAACAAAUACAUACCAAAAGAAGAAAUAGAUUGGAGCAUCAACGACUUAAUGAUCUUGUGUUUAUUCAUUAUAACUACCGAUUGAAAGAAAGAGUCAAAAGGAAGAAGUUCAAUUUUGAUCCUAUUGAUUAUGCAAGUAUCGAUAAAACUGAAUUUUGGGUAGUGGAAGAUGAGGAACCUCCAUUUGUUGAUCAUGAGGAGAUAGAUAAUGCAUUAUAUGAAGAGGGAGCCUAUCCAAUUGAAGGAGGGUCUUCUAGCCAUGUACAAAGAGAUGAUGCUCCUCCCGGAUUUAGAUAUAAAAAUCAUCCUAUUCAUGUUGAAGAUGAAGAAGAUGAAGAUGAGAAUGAUGAUAAUGAUGCUAGUGGUGAAGCAUUUGGUUCACAUGAUGAUAUUGAUUUCAAUUUUCUUCAUAACAAAUGA